AUGCUUCGACGCGUUGGCCGAGCGUUGGCGGCGAGUCACCGCGGACUCGCCGUCCCCAAGAACUUUGCCGACACGGCGCCCGUCUACCUCGACGUUCAAGCAACGUCCCCAAUGGACCCGCGCGUCGUCGACGCCAUGUUGCCGUACAUGGUCGAGGAGUUCGGCAACCCGCACAGCAGGACGCAUGCUUACGGGUGGAAGGCCGAGGCGGCCGUCGAAGAUGCACGCGCCCGCAUCGCCGCCCUCAUCAACGCCGACCCCAAGGAGAUCAUCUUCACUUCCGGGGCCACCGAGUCGAACAACAUCGCGCUGAAGGGCGUCGCCCGGUUCCAGAAGCAGGCCGGCAAGAAUCACGUCAUCACCGUCCAAACGGAGCACAAAUGCGUGCUGGACUCGUGCCGUCAGCUCGAACUCGAGGGCUUUCGCGUCACCUAUCUGCCCGUCGAGACGAAUGGCAUGAUCGACAUUAAGGCCCUGGAAGCGGCGAUAACGAAGGAGACGGCCCUGGUGAGCGUGAUGUUCGUCAACAACGAGAUUGGCAUCAUCCAGCCCAUCAAGGAGAUUGGUGAGCUGUGCCGUUCUCGGAAGGUCUAUUUCCACACGGACGCCGCGCAGGCGACGGGCAAAGUGCCGAUCGACGUGAACGCGUUGAAGCUGGAUCUGAUGAGCAUCUCCGGCCACAAACUCUACGGGCCGAAGGGCGUUGGGGCGCUGUUUGUGAGGAGGAGGCCCAGGGUCCGCCUGGAGGCUCAAAUGAGUGGCGGCGGUCAAGAGCGUGGGAUGCGUAGCGGGACACUUGCGACUCCACUGUGCGUCGGACUCGGCGAGGCCUGUCGCAUUGCCGCCGAGGAAAUGGAAAUGGACAAGGCGCACGUGACCCGUCUCUCCCGUCUCCUAAUCGAGGGUGUCCAGGACAAGUUGCCGCACAUCAUCCGCAACGGCGACCCCGAGAAGACGUACCCCGGAUGCGUCAAUCUAUCAUUUGCAUACGUUGAAGGCGAAUCCCUACUGAUGGCCCUGAAAUCGGUGGCCCUAUCCUCCGGCUCGGCGUGCACAUCCGCGUCACUUGAGCCAUCAUACGUUCUACGAGCGAUCGGCGCCGAAGAGGAUCUGGCCCACUCGAGCAUCCGAUUCGGCAUUGGACGAUUCACAACUGAGGAGGAUAUCCGUCACACCGUCGCGCUUUGCCUAAAAGAAGUGGCCCGUCUACGCGAAUUGAGUCCAUUAUGGGAGAUGGUCCAAGAGGGAAUCGAUCUCAAAUCAAUCCAAUGGACACAGCAU